AUGGCUCGCUUAGGGAUCAUCAUUUAUAUCGCUCUUACUUUGAUCUGUUUUGUUAAUUGUUUAACACUUCAAAAGAAGCAUAUUAAAUCGGAAAAGAGAAAUGUUUUAAAGGAACUGGUUGAUGAUCUGAGAAAAGAAGAAAAACGUAGCGAACACGCCCAUGGUAUCAUCUUCUUCUUUGGUGACCUGAACAGAGACGGAAGAUUGACGGAAGUGGAACUUAGAAGACUCUUCUCCGGAAACGUGUUUGCUUCUCAUCUCGAUGACCUCAUCACUGUUCUAAUGUCACGUGAUCUAGACAACAGUCAAUCUCUGGAUGUAAAUGAGUGGGAAGACAUUGAGUCGAUGUCCAGAUCGGAGCUAGCCAUGAUGUUGUUAGCAGCCCAUGAAAUAAAUAAUUGA